AUGGCCGGAAGCACUCAGCAAGUCCAAACCAAGGGAAUUUACCAUGGCCUACCAGUCUACGAUCCGAGUGUCAAGGGACUGACCGCGAUCAUUACUGGCGCCAAUGGCAUAAGCGGGCAUUAUAUGCUGCGGGUGCUAUCCCAAUCUCCUGAACGUUGGUCCAAGAUAUACUGUCUUUCGCGGCGACCACCGUAUAUUCCUGGUGGACUACCAAGCAAUGCAGAGCACAUUGCGGUCGACUUCUUAAAGUCACCUUCGGAGAUAGCUUCUGUGCUGAAAGACAAGGGUGUCAAAGCUGACUACAUCUUCUUCUUUACCUAUUUACAGCCGCCUCCUGCUGAAGGUAAAGGUCUCUGGAGUGAUGCCCAGGAAAUGGUUCGUGUCAAUUCUGCGCUGCUUGACAACUUUCUUGGCGCCUUGAAGGAGGCAGAUAUCACACCUCAAAGGUUUAUGUUGCAGACUGGCGCAAAGAAUUAUGGCGUACAUCAGGGUCCUACUAAGGCACCUCAGGAAGAGAUAGACCCGCGAGUCGAGAUUCCAGGUGAGCCGAACUUUUACUAUCCACAGGAGGACUCUGUUUGGAAAUAUUGUAAGGAAACUGGAGCAAGCUGGAACGUUUGUAUGCCUGGACCAAUUCUUGGAGGUGUGCCUGGUGCAGCAAUGAACUUAGCUUUCCCACUGGCGGUAUAUGCUGCUGUGACCAGGGAGCUAGGUGAAAAGCUAAAGUGGCCGGGCGACGACAAAGCUUACCAGGUCAACUGCAGUAUGAGCAGUGCUAUGAUGAACGCAUAUCUCGAGGAAUGGGCGGUACUAACCGACCAGGCAAAGGAUCAGAAGUUCAAUGCCUUCGAUGGUGGUGCGUUUGCCUGGGAAGGAUUCUGGCCAAGGUUGGCAGGUUGGUAUGGCAUCGAGCCUGAGGGCCCAAAAGACGACGCCGAGUACAGCGCAACUUCCACAGCACAUAAUCCAAGAGGUUAUGGCGGCAAGGGCACGGUAAGACGGACCUUCACGCUCGCUUCCUGGGCCAAGCAAGAGAAGGUCAAGAAAGCUUGGAGUAAACUCGCCGAACAGCAUGAUCUUACCCAGAAGGAGCUCGUCGAUGUCGACAGGAUAUUUGGCUUUGCCGACGGUAGCUUGUGUCGAGCCGGCGCGUUGCUUUUCAGUUCGGAUAAAGCUCGAAAGAUGGGGUGGCAUGGAUUCGUUGAUGUGAAUGAGAGCUUGCUGGCUGUCUUCGAUGACUUGGCGAGGAUUAAGAUGAUUCCGCCAGUACCCAAGGAGAGGCUGCAAUUCAUGUAG